AUGCGUUUUCAAACGAUUCGCCCGCUGCGCAGCCUUUCGCGGUCAAAUUCAGUCGUGUCCAACAGGAUCAUAAGGCCGUGGAAUGCUCGUGGGCUUGCAUCAUCAUUGGAACAAGUCGACAAGCUUUUGGACCGAAAUGAACGCAUUACCAGAGUGUCGGAGCUCGCCAAUGAGCAAGCCGUGUGCGUCACCUUUGACGACGGUGCCACUGCCAAAUUCCAUAAGGUCUGGCUGCGUGAUCACUGCCGCUGUGAACAUUGCAUGCACCCAGAGACGCUUCAACGCCAACUCAACUCGGCAUCCAUCCCGAUGGACUCGCCGCUUCACCGUCUCGAAGUUACGAACGCCGGUGCAGCUGUGGCCAUUAAAUGGGAUGCACCAGUGCUUGGUUCGCCUUGCACAUCCAGUGAGUUCGAUGCCACGUGGCUGCGUAACCAUGCGUAUGCACUGGAAGGAGGCAACGCGAAGGAUCUGGUGACGGCGCCGUACUCGAAGUCUUACCGUCAGCCGCGUUUGACAACAAAGCAACUAUGGGCCGGCGAUGACUUCACGCUGCCGACACACGAUUACAAAAGCUGUAUGGACAAUAUCGAGCCACUCAUGCGUGAUCUGUACGUCUACGGUCUUGUCCAUGUUUCAUGUACGCCCAGCUCAAUGGAGGCAACUGAAAAGUUUGCUCAGAAGAUUGGCUUUGUGCAGCGCACAAUUUACGGCACUAUGUGGACGACAAACCCGACGAACGAGGCGGAGGGCUACAACGACACGGCGCUUACAAACCUGGAGCUACUCCAUCACACGGACGGCACGUACAUGCGUGAUCCACCAGGACUGCAGAUCUUCAAUUGUGUGGCUCAAGCUGGCACUGGCGGUGAGAGUCGCUAUGUGGAUUCGUUUCAUGUGACUGAAACGCUGAAGAAGGAGGACCCAGAAGCUUUCCGUGUACUGAGUACGACGGCUUUGCCCUACUUUGCUGUGGACAAUGACGCUUACCUGGCCACUAUGGAGCCGCUAAUUCGCGUUGACUACGCUGGCAACAUCGUGCAGUUCCGCCAUAAUGACUACGACCGCGCACCGUUGACACACCUAAGCUUUGCCGAGGUGGGCGAGUUUUACAAGGCGCAUCGCACGCUGCUCGAUAUUAUGCGUCGACCAGAGAUGGAGUUCUGCACAAAGCUCCAGGUCGGCGAUAUGGUAGUUGUUGACAACCAGCGCGUGUUGCACGGUCGCCACGCAUUCCAAGGUGGUGAUCGCGCUCUCGUCGGCUGUUACAUUGGCCAAACGGAAUACGAGAGCCGCCUACGUGUGCUGGGCAUCAUAUGA